AUGAAUGCCAAUCGACAGUGGAUGUAUAAUAGGCUCAAGGAUGGGUUGUUGAAUACUGAAUUUUUAAACGGUUUAGAGGAGUUCAUACAAUUUGCUUCAACCCAUCCUGAAUGUAUGGAUGGUAUGAAUAUAAGAUGUCCUUGUAGUAUGAGAAGGUGUUCGAAUCGCAAAUUCCUCUGUGUGGACGAUGUACGAUAUCAUGUGAUGAAAAAUGGUUUCGUCCCUAAUUACUACAGGUGGACAGCACAUGGUGAAUGUUGGGAUGAUCAAGGAACCUCUAGUGUGCUAUUGUCUGAAAUUAUCAUGGAAAACGAUUUUCAAACUGGGGCUAAUGGCCGAUACCAUGAAAUGGUACUUGAAGGGUUUGGUUUACCGUCUCAAAUUGAAUUCAUGGAGGCACCUAAUGUCGAGGCACAAAGGUUGUAUGAAAUGUUACAAGCAGCAAGUGAAGAGUUAUGGCCAGGAUGCAAUAAGCACAUAAAACUGUCUGUUGUGGCACGUUUGAUGAACAUGAAACCGGAGCAUCAUUUCUCUAUAAAAUGUUUUGAUCAGAUUGUCGAGUUUGUGAAAGAAGUUCCACCCGAAGAUAAUGUGCUUCCUGAUAAUUUUUACAAAACGAAAAAUUUAAUUGAGGGUUUAGGUCUACCAGUGGAAAAGAUUAAUUGUUGCAGAAAUAAUUGCAUGAUAUAUUGGUCUGGUGAUGCUGAGUUACAAGAAUGCAAGUUUUGCCAGCUUCCUAGAUAUAAACGCACGGUAAGCAGCUUGACAAAGCAAGUUGUUCAGAAGCCAUAUAAGAAGAUGUAUUACUUUCCUCUCACUCCAAGGUUACAACGACUUUAUGCAUCAGACGCAACAACACCCCAUAUGAGAUGGCAUGCUGAACAUGAAUAUGAGGAAGGGGUCAUGCAUCAUCCAUCUGAUUCUCCUGCAUGGAAACACUUCAAUGCAUGUUAUCCAUUAUUUGGAUCAGAGAUAAGGAACGUGAUGCUUGGAUUGUCUACUAACGAAUUCCAACCAUUUGGACAAUCUGGCCAACAAUACUCAUCUUGGCCCAUCAUUCUGACACCAUAUAAUCUUCCGCCAUGGCUGUGUAUGAAGUCAGAAUAUAUGUUUCUCACUGUUAUAGUUCCGAGCCCAAAUAAUUCUAAAUUUAAAAUUGAUAUAUUCUUACAACCUUUAAUCGAAGAACUAAAACAAUUAUGGAACAUGGGGGUUGAGACAUAUGAUGUGGAUAAGAAGCAAAAUUUUCUCAUGCGGGUUGCUUUGCUAUGGACCAUUAGUGACUUUCCUGCUUAUGCCAUGCUUUCUGGUUGGAGCACUGCAGGAAGGCUUGCAUGCCCAUAUUGUAUGGAUAACACUAAUGCAUUUACUUUGCCAAGAGGUGGCAAACAAUGUUGGUUUGACAAUCAUCGCAAAUUUUUGAACCAUAACCAUUCAUGGCGGAAGAAUAAAUCAUGGUUUAGAAAAAAUAAAGUUGUAACUGAACAUGCACCUCUAGUAAGGACUGGAGAGGAAAUUUUGCAUGAGAUAGAGAGUCUUGGAUUAAUGAGAGUGACAGAUCCAGGUUCAGAUGUUGUUAAUGCUGUUAUUAGUAAGACAUGUGGAUGGAGGAAACACAGCAUAUUCUGGGAUUUACCUUAUUGGAGUUCCUUGCUUAUUAGACACAACCUUGAUGUAAUGCAUAUUGAAAAGAAUUUUUUUGAUAACUUGUUCAAUACCAUUAUGAAUAUAGAGGGUAAAACAAAAGAUAAUGCAAAAGCAAGAGAAGAUAUGAGGGAAAUAUGUCGGUGGCCUGAGUUGGAGAUUAAUGCAGAAACUGGCAGGUAUCCAAAAGCAAUAUAUGCAUUGGACAAACCAGCAAAACAAGUUAUUUGUGAAUGGAUGAAGGGACUCAGAUUUCCUGAUGGUUAUGUGUCUAACAUGGCUCGAUGUGUCGACAUGAACAAGUACAGAUUAUUUGGAAUGAAAAGUCAUGAUUGUCAUAUUUUCAUGCAAAGGUUGUUGCCUAUUGCUUUUCGUGAAUUAUUACCAAUGAGAGUGUGGGAAGCAAUUACCGAGCUAAGUAUUUUCUGUAAGCAACUAAUGAGUACGAUCUUACGGGAGGAAGAUAUGCAAAGGCUUGAAGAGGACAUUCCGGUUAUACUAUGCAAAUUGGAGCGAAUAUUUCCUCCGGGUUUCUUCGACUUGAUGGAACAUCUUCCGAUUCAUCUUGCAUAUGAAGCUCGCAUUGGGGGUCCAGUGCAAUAUCGUUGGAUGUAUCCUUAUGAGCGGUAA